UUCAAAAUGUUUUAUUUUGAAAUCCAAAUUUGAAUGCUUUGUGAUUUUAUUAACGUUUAAAAGUUGCUCUGUGCGACCAUCAGCAUGAAAUUUCGUUAGUUUUUUCAUUAUUCUUUCGUUACAUUUGGAACAUGCCUUUUCGUUAACUACAUAUUUUGAGUUAAAGUCUUACAGACAAACUUACUAUACCAGAAUAGCAUAUGCAAGGAUUUAUGCCAUCUGUCAAUCUGUUACUGUUACGAACAGCAAACUGUCACGCACUUUUGACUUUCUGAAGCCUCUUUCGAAGCCCUGAUUUCUACUUCACAAUGUUGGUGUUGGUCAUUGGAGAUUUUCACAUUCCCUUCCGAUCAUCGGGACUUCCGGGACAGUUUAAGAAAUUACUCGUACCGGGGAAAAUUCAGCAUAUUAUCUGCACCGGAAAUUUGUGCACGAAAGAGACGCUGGAUUAUUUGCGCAGUCUUGCUGGAGAUGUUCACGUGGUGCGCGGGGACUUCGAUGAGGGUCUAAAUUAUCCCGAGCAAAAGGUUGUUACCGUCGGCCAGUUCCGAAUUGGAGUAUGCCAUGGACACCAAAUCAUUCCUUGGGGUGAUAUGGAGAGCCUGGGUAGUUUACAGCGUCAGCUGGAUGUUGACGUCCUGAUAACUGGGCAUACUCACCAUUUCGAGAGUUUUAACCGCGAUGGGAAACUGUUUCUAAAUCCCGGUACGGCAACCGGAGCGUGGACCGGUUUGAAAGCGGAAGUUAAUCCGUCAUUCGUGCUCCUUGACAUUCAGUCGGCAACUAUCGUGAUAUAUAUCUACCAGCUCAUCGGCGAUGAAGUAAAGGUAGAAAGAGAGGAAUUCCGGAAAGCAGUGUGAUUUUUUAUUACAAUUGAAGUUUAAUGAUUUUUUUGCACCAGUUUAAUCGUGAUUGGCAAUCACUGAUUGCCAUUAAAACAUUUGUACGUUUCUCCAGAUUCCUAUUAAAUUUUGGUAAUUGUGCAUUGUUUUAUUUUUACUUAAUUUAUUUAAUUUUUUUUGUUAAAUGUUCCGAUGUUUUACGUAAUGAAAACGCUUCCGCUCCAAGA